AUGCCCGUCGAUAUCAGCCGCCACGUCCAGUUGGACCACAUCGGGGAAUCCGAGAGUUACGAGGACAGGCCGACGCGGUCUGGUUCGAGGAUGUGGUAUGAGUUGAAGGUUCUGCAGCAACCUGAGCGUGCGCGUGCAUGCGGAUCUGGUCAGAAGUCCGCGGCCGAUAGACGCCCCGUCGAUCCUCCCCCCGUGGUGCAGUUGCACGUCUACGAGGGACCUACCAGAGCCGAAGCUACCGAUAUCACUUUCAACUACCGGGCCAACUUCUUCCUCUAUGCUGAGCUGACACCCGCCCGCCCCAUGGCUCAUGGACGCGUUCAAACUCCCGCGGCAACUUCACCUCCCGUCCUGACUGGCAUGCCGGUUUCGGGUAUGGCCUAUCUCGACAGGCCUACAGAGGCAGGCUACUUCCUGUUCCCCGACCUUUCCGUCCGUCACGAGGGACGCUACGUCUUGGCCUUCCACCUGUACGAAGAUGUGAAGAGGGCGGAGGAUCGGGAACCGGGCGGCGACGCGGAUGAUGAGGAUGAGAACCCCUGCUUCCAAUACAGAAUGGCUGUCAAAUCGGUGCCAUUCAACGUCUUCAGCGCAAAGAAGUUCCCUGGUCUUACCGAGAGCACCAACCUGAGCAAGACCAUCUCUGAGCAGGGAUGUCGCGUGCGUAUCCGCCGUGACGUCCGCAUGCGAAGACGCGACGGAAAGCCGACUGGAAACGAGUUCGACACCAACCCCGAAAACGAAUUCAGGAGCACGGCCAGGAGAACACAGACGCCAGAGAUUCGUAGCAAUGCGGAACAGUAUCGUGCGAGGUCGACGAGUAACAGCAGCGAGCACCGUGCCGCCUACCCGCCUGCUCCGGAACGCAAACCAUCUCUCAUUGAGAACUUCAAAGCCGAGACCUUCCAGGCGCCGCCACCGCCGCCGCCGCCCAUGUCAUACGGCCCAGCCCCCUCCACCAACGUUCACCUGCGAUUCGGAUCCGAUGCCUCGAGUGCACCCUACCCUCCUCACCAAUACGCACAACCUUCGGCGCAGCCGCCGCCCAUUUCUCCUACCACGGCCUCGUACCAGUCUCAGCAGCCCUCGCCUUAUCAACCCGCAAGCUACGGCUACUCGAGCAGACCCAGCUCCCAGUAUGCCUCGAGCAAUCCGCCUCCCACGCCCCACGAUUCGUACGACAGACGGCCAUCUGCCAUGAUGGUGCCACCUUCUCCUUCUGUGUACGGUCCGGGACCAAGGGACCACGACAUGGCCAGGCGCGAUUCGGACUACAGGAGAGAUUCUCUUCCUCCUCGCCAGCUUGCUCCAGUUUCCGAUCUCCCGCACAUGGGCACCAAACUCCCGCCUAUGCUGCCCUCCAUCGAGAAGCUCACUGCUCCUCCCAUGACGGGUCGUUCAGAGUUCAUCGAGGCUGCUCCUCCUAGCUCUCACAACCCCGUUUACGAGCCAGCACGUGCAGGCACCAAGCGUGGCUACGGAGACACCUUCAUCGACAGCCAGCGCCCCUUGUACGACAGGCAACGCCCACAGGAUCCUCAUCACAACAGCGCUCACUACAACCACCGCUAUGUUGUGCAAGAUCCUCUCGAGUACAAGCGUGCCGACGGUACAUUUGGCGUGAAGCCGGCAAACGAUUACUACAAGAUUAUCAACCCGCAAUGA